AUGCAUUGUAAUGAACCGCCGCCCCCGCCGCGGCCGAGGUGGGAACCCAACGAUGGAAUCGGGCCUAGAGGGUACCCAGACUGCUACUAUAAAUCCCGGACGCUGAACUCUACGUUCCGAUAUGUGAGGUUCGUGAAGAAACUCCGCGCGACUGAAGAAGAACAGCGCAAAGGAGACGCGAACAACAUGAAGGAGUUGGUAGACCAGCAGAUCAGCGACUUCUUCAGACGAUGUGACCGCAGAUCCCUCAUAAACAACGUGGCGCGUCGUGUCGACCUCUGCAUGAGAUCUUACGAGGAAGAUUUGAAGCAGAAGAGAAAGAAACUAGUCGACCUGCUCCAAAAAGAGGAGGAAGAGGAUAUCCGCAAGUUCGUGGUGCAAGCACAGGCGGGCGCGAAUGCUAUCUGGCAGGACAAACUGAACCGACUGCAGUAUCUUUUGGACAAGCGCAAGAAGGAACACGAAAUGAAAUACAAGGAUCUACCCAUAAUGAAAUGCGUGCAUGUACUGCCGUGCAUCUACAAGAUCAGAGCCAAGGAGGCCCAGCAGAUCCAGUUGUACCAGAUGAGGGAGAAGGAGGCCAGGCAGCUAUCUGAACGGGAGUUGGAGAAAAUGUGGUACGAGUGCGGCAUGAAGGAGAGCGAAGCUCUGACGGCGAGAAUGGAGCAAGACGCCAUAGAACGGUAUCGCCGCGACAUAGAGUGUAAAGAGCACAGCGAUAUGAUAAUAGAACAACGCAAGCGGCAGAAGGAGAUAGACAGGGCUAACCUCAAGAAGGAACAGCUGGCGAUGCAAGCUCAGUUCGAGGAGGAUAAGAAGAAGGAAGAGGAAGAGGACAGAAAACGGCGUGCCAAACGUAACCAACUGGGCAUAGAUCGCGAAAACGCCAUUACGGAACGAAAGAAUAUGCUCGCCAAGCAAGAGGCUGAAGAGAAUGUGAUCAGAGAGGUGUGGGACUCCCUCUCCGGACAAGGAAUAGCCGAAGAAAAAGCCAAGAUUGCGCUCAUGAGAAGGAAAGAGUAUGAACAAGACGAAUGCAACAGAAAGAUGACACAGCUGAAGAACGAAGUGGCAGGGCUGGAUAACGCGCAUAACUACAUGUUCGAGGCGGAGGCGAAGCGGCGACAGGACAUCGACGACCGCAGGCGAUGCGACUAUCUGCUCUGGUCGCAUAAGACUAACGCUGACGUACGCAAAGCAAUGAUCGAGCAGAUAAAAGAAAAAGAAGCCAAGGCAGAGUUGGAGAAGAAGCUGGUAGAGCAAGAGGAGUACCACAAUCAGGUGUUCAAGCAACAAGAAGAGCUGAUCGCGUACAAGAACAAGCAGGACGCGUUAGCACGCAAAAGAUACCAGCAAGACCUCAUUGACCAGAUCGAAUACAACAAACUGCUUAAGGAGCGAGCUAAGCAAGAAGAGCUGGAGCAGGUCAAGAAAGGUCAACUCGCUGCAAAGGAAUACGAAAACGAGAUGAGAAAAAUGCUAAGCAGACCGUUCUUCGUAGACGACGUCCAUCCGUUCAUGAAGCAGAUGGCAGGAGGGCUGGAGAUGAAGAAGAAAUGUCCGUGUUCCAAGCAGGACUACUGCAAGUGACUAUAUUGUUG